UUCAGAGGUCACCAGAGGAAGCGGCUGCUUCUGUCUUCGGUUGGAAGCUACUAAGUAUCGACAGAUUCUCAUUGUCUCUUUCAACCUAUCCACAGUAAAGCUGUCUAUGGGUCUGAUUCUUGCUAAUCUCUCUCUCAGGGACUGAGAUUGGGCUCUCGCUGUAGCGGUGAACAGAUUCAGUGGAAUUUGGAACUCGGUGCAGUGAGUUUGGGGCAGGGAAUUAUUCUAUGCUCCUAGCUCACAAGCGCUUGUAAAACUGAGAUAAGAGUAGAGAGAAAAUGAGGAAGGGAUUUAGAGACAUAAUCAGUGAGUCAAGAGUCAGGAUCACAGAGAGAAAGAGAGAAAGAGUGGGUGUGGUAGACAAAGUGAAUGAGAGAGAGAGAGAGAGAGAGAGGGAGAGAGCGAUGCGGAAUGAGAUGAAAGGCGCACACCAACUGUCUCAUCCCUUUUUUAAGAAUGCAUAGAGGAGGGAGAUAGAGAGAGAGAGAGAGGCGUGGAAUAGAGCCCUCCUUCUUUACAGAGGAGUGUGUGGAAGUGAGAGAGGGAAGGCUUAAAGAGGAGAAGAGGAGUGAGUAAAAGACAUUAAGAGAAAGAGAGAGAGAGAGAGAAAGAAGUCAACCGCAAAGAGAGAACUGACUAUAAAACAUAACAGGGUUCAGGAGAAUAAGAGAGAAGGAGAGAGGGUGUAUGAGUAAGAGAGAGACAGAGAGAGCGAGAGAGAGAGGCAGCACUCAUUCUACUCUAGAAGAGCCAGUGAUACAGCUGGACAGAAGGAAAGAAGAGAGGGAGCGGGAGGACAAACGGGAAGCAAAAGUAGAGGGGGGCUCAGAGGAGACGCUGGUGGCAGGAAUAUUAAAGCAGGCUGGAUUAGAUUUCACUGCACUGUGGAGAAACACACACACACAGCAGGAGGUGUGCGUGUUGCACAUAUCUGUGUGUGUCAGCUGUGAAGUGUGUGUUUGUGUUUAGACUGCGUGUGGUGUAAAGUGAGUCUAGUGAGUGUGACAGCCAUGAGGAGGAUGUUAUCUAGUGUCUUUGCAUUGCUGUUGGCUUCUACUUUAACGGGAGCAUGGAGCCCAUCUCAACCCAGACUGCAGUUCUCACACUCAGACUUGGUGCGCAGUGGGAGGUUGUUUUCUCUCCCUCUUUCUGCGGGAGACCUUCACUCUCUUCUGCCCGACGAAGAUGGCCGCCGUCUCUACAUCAGCAUGAAGGACUAUCUACUGUCCACAAGCCUGGAUGAUAUUACACACCCUCCCCGCAAGAUUCACUGGCCAGCAAAUCCAGAUCGGAUCCAAGACUGCCUGAUGGCUGGGAAAGACCCACAGUUGGAGUGUGCCAAUUUCUUGCGCGUGUUGGAGACUUAUAACCAAACACACCUUUACGCCUGUGGAACUGGUGCUUUCAGCCCUCGCUGUGCCUUCAUCCCUGUCCAGCUCUUCCUCACGGCUGAGGAGCAAACACUGGAGCAUGAGCAGACUGAGACAGGUAAAGGGAAGUGCCCCUAUGACCCCCACCAGAGGACCGCUACUGCCAUCAUAGAUGGGGAGCUGUAUGCUGGCAUCACCUCAGACUUCAUGAGUCGUGACUCUGCAUUUUUUCGAAGUCUUGGAGAGCGGCAUGUGAUCCGCACAGAGCAAUACGACCCGACCUGGCUACAGGAGGCUGAGUUUGUGCACGUGGCCAUGAUGAAGGAGAGUGAUAAUGAGGAAGACGAUAAGGUCUAUAUGUUCUUCACUGAGCGCGCUCAGGAGGCAGAGGGGCCGGCUGGGAAAGUUCUCUACUCCAGAGUCGCCCGCGUCUGCAAGAAUGACAUCGGGGGACAGCGGAGUUUGGUGAAUAAAUGGAGUACGUUUCAGAAGGCCCGAAUUGUCUGUUCUGUGCCUGGACCUGACGGCAUACAAACCCACUUCGACCAGCUCCAGGAUAUCUUCAUUCAGUAUGGCAAAGACCAGAAGAAUCCUCUGAUCUAUGGCGUCUUCACCACCUCCAGUGACGUGUUCAACGGAUCAGCAGUAUGUGUGUACCGCAUGCAGGACAUCAUCCGUGCCUUCAAAGGAAAUUUCUACCAUAGGGAGGGGCCACAGUACAAAUGGGCGGAGUUUACAGGCAAAGUGCCCUAUCCCAGACCUGGAACAUGUCCGAGCAGCACUUACGGCAGCUUCCGCUCCACGAGGGAGUAUCCUGAUGAUGUCAUCUUCUUUAGCCGCACCCAUCCAUUACUGCAGGAUGUGGUGCUACCUCUGCAUGGCCGACCAUUGCUGAUUCGAGUGGGCGUGAACUAUAAGCUGACCCGCCUCGUCGUGGACAGAGUGGAGGCUGUGGAUGGACAGUAUGAUGUUCUGUUCAUUGGAACAGACUCUGGACUUGUGCUGAAGUCCUUAUACCUCUACCAAGACAGAGGACAACAUCAAGAGGUCACACUGGAGCAGCUGCACGUUUUUAAGCACAAGUCACCGAUCACUGCCCUGACGCUGUCCAAGAAAAAGUGGCUGUUUGCGGGGUCUGCAGAGGGGGUGUCUCAGCUGGCUCUGUUUCAGUGUGAUCUGUACGGACAGGUCUGUGCUGAGUGCUGUAUGGCCCGAGACCCCUACUGCACCUGGGACGGCCAUGCCUGCAGCCCCUACAUGCCAGUCGCACGCAGGAGAAACACUCGUCAGGUUGGAGAUGACAAGAAUCCUUUAAACCAGUGUGUCAGACAAGGAGCUGGACUGCAGGUGCACACAGAGGAGAAGGCCAUAGUGGUUGCUGUGGGUAACAGCACCUACCUGGAGUGUUUGCCGAAUUCCCAACAUGCUGCAGUUACCUGGUUUAAACAGACGGGAGAGAACAGUUUGGAACUGCAACAGGUGAAAUCAGGGAAUCAGCUGGUGGUCAUUGACAGGGGAAUUCUGAUUCCAAGGGCGGAGCUGAAUCAUGGGGGGAUAUAUCACUGUCAGCUGGAGGAGCACGGCUUCAGCUGGACAGCCGUAACGAUUCGCUUAAGCGUGUGGAACCCCGCCCAGCGCUUCACGCCUGAUGCCUCCUCGCAACCCUGGUACCAAGAUGUGAUGACACUCAUUCACCACGGCAACCUGGAAGAGUACUGUAAGGACCUUGCCAAAAGAGGUCACGACAGCAAAGGGUCUAAAGAAGUGGAGCUGAAGCGGGACAGAAAAAAAGGGGACAGACAAAAACAUGGAGGAAAAGGAGGAGAGAAGGAGCGAGGGAAAGGGAGGAAGAAUAGGAGCAAAAUGGACAAUCUGGUUUCGAGGUCUCCGAGGAGCACCUAGAGACUCAAACUGGACACAAAAGAUUUGCAGCAUUCUUGAAAAAACAACAAUACAUAGCAUAUAUACUUACAAACACAGUAAAACGUUACUGAAGCUGAAUGAAAGGACUAAAUGGGUGUCAUUGUAAAGACUGUUCCUAAGCAGCGAUGUGUGAAUGACGUGAAGUGUGGCUAUUAUGAGGGAGGACCUAAAAGACAAAGAGUGUGGCCAUAAGAUCUGGACAUUUCGACAUGUGAACAUAUCCGGGAUAUAAUUUCCUGGUUAUGCUGUUGACCAGUGGGUCAAUUAAACAGUGACUGUACUCGGCAGAUGUGGAAACCCUCUGAAAGUUAGGGAGCCCUGUAGCCUGUGUAAAUAAAGACAAGCCUCCCAGUGUUUGGGAGCAUCUUAAAAAAGCUCUUUGUUUUAAAAAGACUGCUGAGUUUAAAGCACAAAUUUUACUUUUUUAUUACAUACUAGCUGCAUCUAAAUGUAUUGUUUUCUUUUCUUAUUUAACUUUGUAUUUAUUUUCUCUAUGUGUCUUGAGGCUGCAUUCUCAAGUCAUUUUUUCAGCGAUGUCUCCUUUUUAUGACAUUUAAAGUGGUUUAGUACAGUUAGAUGAAUCAUCACUGAAGGAAGGGUAUUGAGAGACUUGCAAAAUAUGCAUGGAUCUGCAAAUCAGUUUCAUUUUUCCACAGUUCAGCUGUGCUUGGUGUUUGCUUGCAUAUGGAAAAUUAAUCUAAAAAUGUACUUAACAAAAUGGAAGAGCUCAGCUACAGUGAAGAAACUAAAGAGAGGAGAGUAACUAGGAAAUAAACCAUUAGUUAACUGUUUUAUACAUUACCAUUAUGAAAGGUCAUGAGAAACAAAACAUAUGAAUUGCAAACAUAUGUGCAUAACGUAGAAUUAUGAUGACAGAUGAGGACACGGUUAGUAUUCAAACCCUUUAGCUAAUGGGUGUUAUUCAGAGAUACCCAAAUGGAAGAGAGACAUUUCCAUAUGACAAUUAGGAGGUUAACCUUUGCACACAUAGCUAUAAAAACACACAAACAAACAAAAACAUAUUGAUUUUAAUUAAGUGACUUUUGCUAUGGUUAUAAUAGACAUAACUACAAUUUGUACCAUAAAGACGUGAUCAAGUGACCUCACAACUUGGUGAAAAUAUAGCUUUAAUUAAUUUAAUACACUUGGAAAUGUACUUCCACUUGUAACUGAGCAACUUCCCAAUGCUGGAACUCACUGGCUGCUGUAAUGUAAAAUAAAUCAAACUGUUCUGUGGA